CGCCACUCGAUCUCUUCGUCGCCUCGCCCCAAAUUUCAUUUAUUUAUUGAUUCAUUCAUAAGAAGCAGGGAAGUAUCUUCUCUGUUCCUAGCGCAAGGACUUGAGUUCUUGGUUUUUCCCACCUCUGAAUCCCUUGCUGCAUUUGCUCCCGAAUUCGAGUGUGCCGUCCCGUCCAGGCAGACUGCUACUUCUUUCUUCACCAUUUUUUGGGGGCUUCCAUUUUUGGCCUGGACAUUGGCGCGAGAUCUGAAACGGAAGGGGACAGUCGCGCGCCAAUCCCGCCGCGAUGAGGCCGGAUGCGCGGCUUGAUUCGGCCGCGUUCCAGCUCACCCCUACUCGCACCAGGUGUGAUUUAGUUGUGAUAGCAAAUGGAAAGAAGGAGAAGAUAGCCUCUGGUCUGCUGAACCCGUUCGUGGCCCACCUCAAGGCCGCCCAGGAGCAGAUCGCCAAGGGAGGCUACACCAUCCUGCUUGAGCCGGGUCCGGAGGCCGGCGAGGCUCCAUGGUUCACCAGGGGUACUGUCGAGAGGUUCGUCCGGUUCGUGAGCACGCCGGAGGUGCUGGAGCGGGUGACGACGGUGGAGGCCGAGAUGCUGCAGCUCGAGGAUGCCAUCGCCGUCCAGAGCAGUGAGAAUCUUGGACUGAGAUCUGCUGAAGGCCGUAAUGGCAAACCGGCGGACUGCGCCGUGGAAGGUAGCAAGACAAGUCAUGACCCUGAUGUAGAUAAUGCACUCAUUCUGUACAAGCCUGACAUGCAUCCAGCACCUCCAGUGCAGAAUGGCGCCGGAGCUCAUGAGGAGAAUUCAAAAGUUCAGCUUCUCAGAGUGCUGGAGACACGCAAAACUGUCUUACGUAAAGAGCAGGCUAUGGCCUUUGCACGUGCUGUAGCUGCUGGGUUUGACAUAGACAACCUGUUAUAUUUGAUCUCAUUUGCAGAGCGCUUUGGUGCUUCACGCUUGAUGAAGGCAUGCACACAGUUCAUUGACUUGUGGAGGCAAAAACAUGAAACUGGGCAGUGGAUUGAUGUUGAACCUGAAGCAAUGUCUGCACGCUCUGAAUUCCCUCCCUUCAAUGCUUCUGGCAUUAUGUUUAUGGGGGACAAAGAAACGAUGUCCGUCUCCAAUGGAGAUGCAAAUGGCGAAGAUGCUACUAGGACUGAGUAUAGGACAGCUCAGCACCCGCAUGGUUCAUAUCAAUCGGCAUAUCCGCCAUGGGCGAUGCAUCGGCCUUACCCCAUGCAAGGCAUGCCAUACUACCCUGGGGUGAACCCAUACUACCCUCCUCCCUAUCCCCCAAUGGAUGAUCCCCGGUACAAUCACUCAGAAAGGAGGCCGUCAAGGAAGCACUCAUCAGAUAGCAAGGACUUUGAGAACUCGGAGGACGAAAGCGACCAAAGCGGUUCGGAGAGGGAGAGUUCUCAUGCCCGCAAGUCGAGUAAAAAGGGCAAGCGGUCAAGCAAGAAGAAGUCUAAUGUAAUCGUCAUACGCAAUGUAAAUGUAAGGUCAAAAAAGCAUGGGUCAUCAGAGAGCGAGUCACAUACAUCAGAGGAUAGUGAUGAUUCACAGACUAAAUCCAGCAAGAGGAACCAUAAGCGAUCAAGCUCGAAGAAAAAAGGUGGCAAAAAAAUCUUUCUUGAGUCUGAAGAGGAGUACAAGGAUGAUGUGUCUCGUGGGAAAGAUGGAGAUCAGGGAAACUGGAAUGCGUUCCAGAAUUUCUUGCUCAGAGAUGAAGAGAAGACAAGAGAUAAUGACACAGACCUAUUCGAAGGUGAAAAUGAGCCACCUAGGAGGAAAGACAACAGAAGUUCAGCCAAUGUGAAAAUUAAGGCCAAUGAUGAUGAUCCUAUUCUUUUAUCGGAGCGAGGUUCUGCUGAUGUCGAUGAGCGGCGAAAUGCAAUCUCUUUCAAUUCAGCCAAUGCGAGAAUUAGGACCAGGCCGGGUGAUGAACUUAUGAUGUCUGGGGAAGGUCGGAGCUUUGUCGAUGGUGACAUAAAGGAGAUAGAAGCUGGAGGUGGAGGAUACAGAAGAGGAGCAGGUGACGACUUCAUGGUUUAUGGACAGGACAACUGGAUUGACAGGGGGAGUUGCCUGGACCCUCUUGCAGAGGCACAUUACAAGAGGCCUGCUCCGGAGGAAAAUAAUGUAUGCAAUGUGGCCGAUGAGUCCUUCAUGAUACCUGUUAGGUCCAGCUCACAGGAUAUUCUUGGAGCAGAAAACCGUACUGCCAUUGACAUAGAUGUUGAUUUUCCCAUGACUGUUCAGAACACAUCAGAUGCUAAGGCGGGAGGUCAACUUUUCUAUGAGCCAGAUGAGUUGAUGCCCGAGCGUGAAGUUGAAGAUGUCUCGUUUGGAUACGAUCCAGCAAUGGACUAUGACAGCCAUAUGCAGAUUCAGCCUGACACCGCGGUUGAAAAUGCAGACGUGGAUGAUUCAUCAUUGUGUGUUGAGGUUGAAGAAAAGGUGCCAGGGAAAGAUAAGAAGCUAAGAAGUUCACAGGAGGGUAAAAGAAGGAUGGAUGCCUCGGCAAGGAGAUUGUCCUCAUCAUCAAAAGGCCCACCAACAGAUGCACAGAAACGUGCGCAAAACCUGCGGGCCUAUAAAGCAGAUCUUCAGAAGGAAAAGAAGGAGCAGGAAGCAGAACAGAUUAAACGGCUAGAAAGGCUCAAGCAGGAGAGGCAAAAGAGGAUUGCUGCAAGAAGUGGCACAUCUAAUCCGGUAUCAACACCACAGCAGACUAAAGAAAAACCUUCUCCAAAGAUUUCUCCCAGUACCUACAAGAGUUCAAAGUUCAGUGAUGCUGAACCAGGAUCCUCUUCACCUCUAAGAAAACUUCCUGCUAGAAGUACCCCAGGGAGUGAUCCUCAGAAAACAGCUAAAGCGAGCAAACUCGGUGAUAGUAAUUCAAGUGCAGUGAGCAAGUCAACCUCAUCGUUGGCUGACACGAUCAAGAAAGAGAAAAGUAGGAGAACUGAAUCUUCCAGUGAGCGACUGAAAAAACUUGCUGAACCUAAAAUCAAUGCUCUGGCUGAUCAUCCUCCAAGCUCAAAGUCAGCGAGCGUGGACCACCCACGGAGAAGAAGCAUGCCAGAGGAUGUGCAGACAAAGAAAAUCUCGGCUAUAAUACAGCUUGACCAGAGCAAGUCAGCAGCCCUCCCAGAACUGAAAGUCAAAUCCCCACGAGCACCUGCCGCUGUCGUGAAGAAUAAGACGGCGGCAAAAGAAACAAAAGAGGGAGCACGAGGAGCUAAGGCACAUCCUGCUUCAGAAAGUAGCGCUGGAAAGAAAGCUAACAGUAAAGUUUCUAGGGCAAGCGACAGCGAUGACAACGUGGUGGUUGAGAAGACAGUUGUGAUGCUUGAAAACGAAGAUGUUUCUACGGCUCCUGUAAUUCUAUCUCCUGGAGGAAUUGCAGAGAACAAAACUAGUAGCGAUGACCGAAUGGUGAAUCCCAGUCUUGAAUUGGAUUAUACUGGCAUCAGGGCUCCACCAUCUUCAGUCGUUCUUCCUGGAGAUGCGAGCCCUACCAUGCAUACAUCUGACAACCAACUGAACUCGUAUGAGGUGGAUGUGCCUGGCUAUCACAAGAAUGAGCUCGAGAAACCAACCUUGGCUCUCACAGAGAAACCUUACGAGGCCCCUUUUGCCAGGGUAACAUCAUUGGAGGAUGCCACUCCUGUUUACCACCACCCAUUACCUGCGCAUGAAGCCGAAGCACCUGUGCAUGUACAGAGCGUCAGGGCACGUGUGCCGGAGCCUGGAUACGCGGUUUCAGCCGAGGAGACCCAUGAAGAUAACCAGAAGCCUCGUAGCAAAGAACCAAAAGGGUUCAGAAAACUGUUGAAAUUUGGCAGGAAAAGCCACACUUCGACAAUGGAUUCUGACGCAUCGUCUGUCGAUGAAGCCCCAGCAGGAGAUGGUUCAAUGCUGAAGAACCUCAUUUCGCAAGACGAGUCCGCGGGUUCUUCAUCUAAAGGUUCUCGGUCCUUCUCCCUGCUGUCUCCAUUCCGCAAGAACAAGGUGAUCGUGCUGUGAAGAUUUGGUUGUAAAUUUUUGGUGAUGGGCUGCUUUGUUGUGUACUGAAGUUAUUAGUUUGUUCAUUUCUAGUACACACAUGUACACACAUAUACCUGAACGCUUGGGUUGUUUGUAAGCAGAGCCUGUAUAAUUCUGUACAUUGCAUUACAAUUUACACAUUAAUUCUCAUACGUACUUGUGGAGCAUUGAGAUUUCGAUGGGCUGAACUGAAUCAUUGAUAGAUUUACCCCUA